UCUGUGUCUGCCUGAGUGUGUCUGACAGGAAAGAGGGGGAUGUAGGAGAGGUGGUCAGUUGCUGUACUGAGCAGUAAUGCGACUUGUCAGCACACUGUAUAGUGCUGCUGGGGGAGGGAGCCUGCCUUUACUUCUGCAAAGUGCAGAUGCUGUUGGGCUUUCUGGCUAUGGAAGGUGGUGCUGACUGACCAUCUCAUGUUAGUUGUUUAGAUUAGAUGGAACUUUAUUGUCAUUGUCAUAAACUGCAUUCCAUUGUCUCAGUGGUAGUACUCUGAGACAACGGAAUGGCGUUCAGCAUCUAACCAGAAGGGUAAAAGGCCGUAAAAUAUCUCUGAGGUUAAGCAAGGUGAAAGAUGAGGUGAAGAAGCAUUUCCUGAGCUAGCUGGUCCCUGAAUGAAGACACCUGUAGCGCCUCCCAGAGGGGAGGAUUGCAAACACUCAACUGCGUCAACUCUGAGGAGGCAGAUGGACUUUCUUUAGUCCUCUCAGGAAAACAGAUGCUGGUGAACCUUCUUCAGGAGGGUCAACCCACAAACUUAAAGCUGGUGGUACGCUCGACAUUCGGCUGUGUUGGUGUGAUGGUGAAGGAUUCUUCAGUUCCAAGCUCUGCUUGGAGUUUGUUCCACCACUGGGCUGAAAUAUUAAGAUUUUAGUACAAUUAUUAGGAUCACUGUGCGAAUUUGGCUCCUGAAAAAUAAAUUGGAUGGAUCUUGCUGCAGCAUAAGGCCCUUCCUAUGGCAGAACCAAUAUUGUGAUAUAACUGCUGAUCCAUUGUCUGCUUUCAUAUGUAAUGACUAGGGAUGUACUGAUGUAUCAGCCGAGCAUCAAAUAAGAUGGCAUCCACUGAUAUUAGUGGCUGAUGCCCAUCUGUUGUGUUGCAUCAAUGUUGCGCUGGCUAAAGAUAUUGUAGAUAAUAAUAGAUAAUAAUUUCUGUUUUUUUAGCACAAAUUGCAUGCAAAUACCAAUGUGUUCCAUGCAACAGCUCAGACAGUGAACAAGGCAGAAACACUUAUCUUUGUAGAUGUUUGUUGUCUUUGUUUCCCUGGUACAAAAUAGUGAAUAACUAACAACAAAAAACAAAAAAAUGGUGCAUCCCUAGUAAUGACCAAUAACAUUAUUUUCCAUCUCAGUACAACUAGCUGCCUUACGUAAUGUGUAAUUUAAAAAAGUGUAAACCUGUUUUUGAUUCUGUUUUUUAUCCAGUAGAGAGUGGCAAUUAAUUAUUACUACUACUCUUCUAAUCUGUUACCGGAUCUGUCAUUACUUCUUUGUUGAUGUGUAUUCCAGGGAUAGAAUGACAGCUGAGGAGUGUCUGCUUCAUUCAUGGAUUAAGCCCAUCACACGCACACAGCUGGCCAAAAGAAAUCGAUCCUCAAUCAAUAUGAAGAACUUUAAGAAGUUCAAUGCCAGAAGGAAAUGGAAGAUGUCCUACAACAUGGUGUGGAUAUGUAACCGCCUGGUCCAUUUGAAACUGCUGAAGGGGAGCUCAGAUCCAGAUACAGUGCAGAGACAAUGUGAAAGCGAUGUAGAGGACACUGAAACCAAGCCUGCCUCCCUGCUGCGUCGAAGACUCAGCAGCAGUUCAUAGAGCUGACCAGAGGAGGGCAGAAGAGGCCAGGAUCCAGGUCCAGGCUGGAGCUGAGGAUCGCAGAGGGGAAACAUUUUCUGUUGUCCUGUUAAAGUUAAAUACAGGACUAAAUGUUGUGAAAUGUUACAGACUGUCUCAGAUGUGGCUGGGAUGGUAGUAUCAAACAAGUACUGCCUCAUCUGAUGAAAGACUUUCAGAAGAUAAAGUACUUUCUUUUAAAGUUCAGCUCUUUGUCCCUGUGGGCAUAUGCCUCUAAUGAUGCUUGAUUUGAAGGCUAGACUGUAUUUGGGUGGUUACUGGUUUGGGGAAACUCUUUGAUAACACAAUGUGCAUAGAGAAACUUUGGGUAGAACUAUAUUUCCACUACAGAAAAUGUAAUUUUAUGUCUUCCAUGACUUUUACAAAUGCAAAUAUUUAUGCUUGUUUAAAAUGUUGUACUGUGAUGACUAAUACUACUAACAACACAUGUAAACAUAAGGAACCAAAAAAAUAGUAUGCAAAGUUGUUUAGCUAAAAGGAAAACUAUAGUUUAUUAGUACUUAAAGUUGCAGUAGGUAAUUUUUUUUUAAUAAAAAUAAUUUUAUUCUAAUAUAAUUAUCUAAUGUUUUAUCUUGACAGUAGGACAUGAGACAGGUAAUUUGUGAAAAAAUCAAGUUCUUCUGGCU